AUGGCUUCCACCAGCACCACCGCCACAACGGGUCUCCGUGAUAUCACAAAGAUGGAGCGCAUCGGCGCCCACUCUCACAUCCAUGGCUUGGGUCUGGACGACAACUUGGAGGCCCGUCAGACGGGCCAGGGAAUGGUCGGACAGGUCAAGGCGCGUCGCGCAGCAGGUGUGAUGUUGAGGAUGAUCCAGGAUGGGAACAAGAACGCAGGACGAGCGAUCUUGAUGGCUGGAGCGCCCGGAACAGGAAAGACGGCCAUUGCGAUGGGUAUGGCCCAGUCUCUGGGUGCGGAUGUGCCCUUCACGAUGUUGGCGGCCUCGGAGAUCUUUUCGUUGGAGAUGAGCAAGACCGAGGCACUGACACAGGCCUUCAGACGGUCGAUCGGUGUGAGGAUCAAGGAGGAGUCUGAGAUUAUCGAGGGAGAAGUCGUCGAGAUUCAGAUCGAUCGAUCCACUACAGGACUUGGUCAAAAAUCUGGAAAGCUGACGCUGAAGACGACAGAAAUGGAGACGAUUUAUGACUUGGGCGCAAAGAUGAUUGAGGCCCUCAACAAGGAGAAGGUCAUGGCCGGAGACGUGAUCACCAUCGACAAGGCCUCUGGUAGGAUCUCAAAACUCGGACGCUCCUUCACCCGCGCCCGCGACUACGACGCCAUGGGCUCAGACACUAAAUUCGUACAGUGCCCCGACGGCGAGCUCCAGAAACGCAAGGAAGUCGUUCAUACUGUCUCAUUACACGAGAUGGAUGUCAUUAACUCCCGGUCUCAGGGUUUCCUGGCCCUCUUCUCUGGAGACACCGGUGAGAUCAAGAUCGAGACCCGGGAGCAGAUCAACCAGAAGGUCGGAGAGUGGCGUGAGGAGGGCAAGGCCGAGAUUGUGCCCGGAGUGUUGUUUAUUGAUGAGGUGCAUGUGCUCGAUAUCGAGUGCUUUUCGUUCUUGAACCGUGCGCUUGAGGAUCCCUUGGCGCCCGUGGUGAUCAUGGCCUCGAACCGGGGGAUCUCGAAGAUUCGGGGCACAAGCUACAAGUCCCCACACGGAUUGCCUGUAGAUUUGUUGGAUAGAUUGUUGAUUAUCAGCACGACUGCGUACAGUGAGCCGGAGGUCAAGCAGAUUCUGACGAUCCGAUGCGAAGAGGAGGACGUGCAGAUGACGGAGGACGCGAAGGAUAUCCUGACGAGGAUCGGUAUGGAGACCUCGUUGCGGUAUGCGAUCCAUUUGAUCACGGCGUCAUCGUUUGUGGCAAAGAAGCGAAAGGCGACGGCGGUUGAUGUGGCGGAUAUCAAGAGAGUGUAUUCGUUGUUCCUGGACGAGAAGCGGUCGGUUCAAAUGCUGAAGGAGUAUCAGGGACAGUACAUGUAUAACGAGGUCGAUAUGGCUGAUCGGGAACCCGCCAUCGGCCAUGGAAACAGCAUGCAGGCGUAA